CUCUUAAAAUGGAAAAGAAAUUAUUAAAACAACCGUCUAAAAAAGUUAAGUUGUGCGGUAUAAAACUACCUCCUAUAGAAGAAAGCAGCGAUUGUGGUGUUAAAACAAUAUUAGAUAUCGAUCCUCAUUUCUAUACAUUAGUAGAUGGACGGCCAAUUAGAUCAAACAAGUCAAUUAACAAAUAUAAAAAAAACAUUCGAGAUAUAGCGCUAAAAAGAACUGUGCAUGGAUUUUUAACCGACGAAAUUUUACGAAUUACCAAGGAAAUUGACACGGAAAGAAAAAUCUAUAGCACUGCUUCGAAACAUUUCGACGAAUAUCAUCAUAGUUUUGAUAAAUUUUUAGCAGAUGAUAAUGACAAAACAAUUGUCAUUAUGCGAAAAUCCGAUAACUUAGCUAAAGAACUGUCUAAUCAAACGGAAGAACAUAAACAGGCUAAUUUCGAAUUAGCUACCCUAAAAUCUAAAUUGCAAUACAUUGACGAGACUUUUCAAAUUUUGGUGUCUUUUCAAUGUUUUCUACAUAGAGCUGCGCCCAUUUUAUGGCAAGAAAAGAACAAUAUUAAUUUAAAUAUAGAACAGAUGGAAAUUAUUGCUUAUGAAUCAGAUAUAUUUAGAGAAGUAAACAAGAAUUUAAUAAUAUUACGUUUGAGUAAAUACCCUGCGCCUUGUCUUUAUUUUGCAAGCCCUGAACAGUUACUGCAUGUUUUCGAUAUGCUGGAAAAACAAAAUUUAAACUACCUUCUGGUAACCGAAGAACUGAACACUGAAAAAAAUAAAUUUCUUAAAUCUCUCGGGUUUUUGAAAAACUUAAUACACAAAGAGUUGGAUUACAUACAAGAGAAGGUUGUAUUAGUGUAAUGAAUUUUUCUUUUUAAUUUGUGUUAUUUACUUAAUAUUUUUCAGGUACAAGAAA